UUGGUUGAGAUGUGUUUGCGGUGAAAAUCUUGGUGAUGCAAGGCCGGGGGACGGCGAGUUCGGAGAUGAAGGGGGAAGGGUGUUAAGUCUCGCAUUUGUGUGUCCUGGGGCCGUAUGGAGUGUGAGUUCGGCCUUUUGAGUAAAAUGCAGAGUGCAGGCAAUAAAAGCGGCAGUUGGAACGCACCGAGAAGACGAAACCUUUGGAAAGGAAGCAGCUUUUGUUAAACACACUGCAUGCAGAACGGAGAAAAAAAAUCAUCUGAGAUUUUCAGCCCGGUAGGUUAGAAGGCAGAAGAAUAUCAACAAGACGCUACCGUCAACCAUAACUUCCGGACUGUCGCAUUUUUUAAUUGAGAGAGUGGUGCAUUUUUUCCCUCUCUCUUCACGAUCAAUAAACUACAGGGACUGCGAGCGAAAUAUAAGCAGGAGGGGGGGGGGGGGGGGGGGGGGGGGAAGAAAAGCUGCAAAGGAGAGCGGUGCACGCAACAGCUCCGAGCUUCAAGGCUUUGUGGAGGUUCCUCCCCGCGUCCCUGGAGCGUGAGCCGUGAGACAAUAGAAGCUCUGAAAUUGACCCUGAAAUCUCAUUGAGGGGGCGCUUGUCACUCGCCCGAAUUCCUUCUCGACCCACCAGUGCUUUUAUUUUGCAAAUCCUCCCUUUGCAUUCAAGGCGCGCACACACACACAAACACACGCGGAUUUUUUCCUUUAAACUGUAUAGAUCUCAGAAGGGACAUGGCUGUUGCGGGAGGGUUAUUCCACCACGGGAUACCACCACUCGACCACGGCAUCCAGAACGAAACGCAGAUCGCCGAGCUGUGCAGGAGUCUGGAGGUGGGCACCGUUAUCACUCUGUAUUUCUCCAAGAAGUCGCAGAGACCGGAGAGGAGAACCCUUCAGGUGAAGCUGGAGACCCGGCAGAUCAUCUGGAGCAGGGGACCCGAAAAAGUGGAAGGAGAAAUUGAUAUUCGGGAAAUCAAGGAGAUUCGUGCAGGGAGGAAUUCCCGGGAUUUUGAACGGUACCAGGAUGAUGCGGCCAGACCUGAUUUAUCCCGGCCUGACUCUUCGCACUGUUUUGUCGUUCUGUAUGGGAUGGAGUUCCGGCUGAAAACUCUCAGUCUUGCAGCUACUUCGGAAGAGGAGAUGAACAUGUGGAUAACUGGUCUGAACUGGCUUUUGACGGACACUGUGAAAUCACCAACACCGCUUCAGAUAGAAAGGUGGCUAAGGAAACAGUUCUACAACAUGGAUCGCAAUCGAGAAGAUCGGGUUACAGUGAAGGAUCUGAAGAACAUGCUGUCUCAAGUCAACUACCGAGUGCCCAACAUGAAAUUUCUGCGGGAAAAAAUCACGGAUAUGGAACUACGGAGUGGAGAUGUCACAUACUGCCAGUUUGCUCAGCUUUAUCGUAGCUUGAUGUAUGACGCUCAGAAAAAUAUGGAUGUCCCUUUCUUCAAAGGUAAGUGGACAAAGAGCUGUGAAAAGCUGGAACUCAGCAAAGUCUCGCUGCAGGAUUUUCAGCAGUUUCUGCUGGAAUACCAGAAGGAACUAUGGGCGACAGAUAUCCAGCGGGUGCGAGAAUUCAUGUUCAAUUACCUCCGAGAUCCUCUUCGGGAGAUUGAGGAUCCAUUCUUCUACCUCGAUGAAUUCUUGACUUUCCUGUUUUCCAAAGAAAACUCCACCUGGGACAUGAGAUUCGAUCAGGUCUGCAUGGAAGAGAUGAGCAACCCACUGUCACAUUACUGGAUUUCAUCAUCUCAUAACACUUACCUGACAGGAGACCAGUUUUCCAGUGAAUCCUCGUUGGAAGCUUACGCUCGCUGCUUGAGAAUGGGGUGCCGAUGUAUUGAAUUGGACUGCUGGGACGGACCUGAGGGAAUGCCAGUAAUUUACCACGGCCACACACUGAUCAAAAUCAAAUUUAAUGACGUUCUGACUACAAUCAAGGAACAUGCAUUUGUGACUUCAGAGUAUCCAGUAAUCCUGUCCAUUGAAGACCACUGCAGUAUCUCUCAACAGCGAAAUAUGGCUGUUACUUUCAAGAAGGUUUUUGGUGACAUGCUGCUGACCAAACCCGUUGACAUCACUGCGGAUGGACUCCCGUCACCCAAUCAGCUUAGGAGGAAAUUCCUGAUUAAGCACAAAAAACUAGCCGAGGGCAGUGCUUACGAGGAAGUCUCGACCUCCACGUACUCAGAGAAUGAUAUCAGCAACUCAAUAAAGAAUGGGAUCUUGUACCUCGAGGAUCCAAUCAAUCACGAAUGGAAUCCGCAUUUCUUCGUCCUCACAAGCCACAAGAUUUAUUACUCAGAGGAGACUUCGGUAAAUCAGGCCAAUGAAGAUGAGGAAGAACAGAGGGAGCCCAGUGUUGGCACUGACCUUCACGUGACGGAGAAGUGGUUCCACGGGAAGCUCGGAGCAGGACGCGACGGACGACAGAUUGCAGAAAGGCUGCUCACAGAGUACUGCAUUGAAACCGCAGCGCCCAAUGGCUCCUUCCUAGUGCGUGAGAGUGAGACGUUUGUGGGAGACUAUACACUCUCAUUUUGGCGCUUUGGAAAGGUGCAGCACUGCAGGAUCCAUUCCCGUCAGGAAGCAGGCAGCCCCAAGUUCUACCUGACAGACAACUUGGUGUUCGACAGCCUGUAUGCCUUGAUUUCACACUAUCAGAAGCAGCCGCUUCGCUGCAACGAGUUCGAAAUGCGUCUAACGGAACCAGUACCUCAGACUAAUGCCCAUGAAAGCAAAGAGUGGUACCAUGCCAACCUCACACGGUCCCAGGCUGAACACAUGCUGAUGAGGGUACCUCGGGAUGGCGCCUUCCUUGUUCGGAAAAGGAAUGAGCCCAACUCCUAUGCCAUCUCAUUCCGAGCAGAAGGAAAGAUUAAACAUUGCCGUGUGCAGCAAGAAGGCCAGUUAGUCAGCCUGGGGAGCUCGGAAUUUGAAAGCCUUGUUGACUUAGUAAGCUACCACGAGAAGAAUCCAUUAUAUAGGAAGAUGAAACUCCGCUACCAUAAUGCAGAAGCCUUGGAAAAAAUUGGCACGGCGGAGCCAGAUUACGGUGCCCUCUAUGAAGGACGGCAGUCGGGGUUUUACGUGGGCAAUCAGAUGCCAACAUUUAAGUGCACAGUGAAAGCAAUGUACGACUACAAGGCGCAGCGGGACGACGAGCUGUCCCUUCUGCAAACGCCAUCAUACAGGAACGUGGACAAGCAGGAUGGGGGAUGGUGGAAAGGUGACUAUGGAGGUAAACGGCAGCUUUGGUUCCCUGCUAAUUACGUGGAAGAGAUAAUGAGUCCCCUGACUGAGAACAGUCCUCUUGGAGACUUGCUGAGAGGUGUUGUGGAUGUACCUUCCUGUCAGAUUGCGGUUCACCCAGAUGGGAAAGGCAGUCGUCGGUACGUUUUCAAAAUAAACGCGAACUCGUUUGCCUGCACGGGCGGAACGAUGGACUUGGCAGCAGAAUCACUGGAAGAUCUGAAUGACUGGGUGACCAAGAUCCAGGACGCAGCUCGGAAUGCAGGCGCCAGGAAGGAAGAAGGCAAGAUGAUGGAGCGCAGGAAGAAGAUUGCACUGGAGCUCUCUGACCUGGUUGUGUACUGCAGACCUGUUCCCUUUGACGAAGAUAAGAUUGGGAGUGACCGAGCCUGCUACAGAGACAUGUCGUCAUUUCCGGAGACCAAGGCCGAGAAGUACGUGAACAGAGUCAAGGGGAAGAAAUUCCUGCAGUAUAAUCGCCUGCAGCUGAGUCGCAUCUAUCCUAAAGGGCAGCGUCUUGACUCAUCCAACUAUGACCCCCUGCCCAUGUGGAUCUGUGGUAGCCAGCUAGUGGCCUUGAACUUCCAGACACCAGACAAACCCAUGCAGAUGAAUCAGUCCUUGUUUGCAUUGAGUGGAAAGUGUGGGUAUGUACUGCAGCCCUCCAUUAUGAGGGACGAGCAAUUUGACCCCUUUGACAAGCACUCACUGAGAUCAACAGAGAUGCUCAGCAUGCAGCUACAGGUCCUGGGGGCUCGUCACCUUCCUAAGAAUGGGAGAGGGAUAACCUGCCCGUUUGUCGAGGUCGAGGUCUGUGGAGCCGAAUACGACAACUGCAAAUACAAGACUGAGAUUGUAGCGGUGAAUGGACUAAAUCCCACAUGGACAGCCAAACCAUUUUCUAUCAACAUCAAUAACCCCGAAUUCAGCUUCUUGCGCUUCGUUGUUUAUGAAGAGGACGUCUUCAGCGACCAGAACUUCCUCGCAGAGGCGACCUUCCCUGUUAAAGCCAUUAGGGCAGGCUAUCGAUCGGUGCCUUUGAAGAACAACUACAGCGAGGACCUCGAAUUGGCGGCAUUGUUGAUUCACCUGGAGAUCUUGGAGUCCACGAUAAAGGAGAACGGCGACGCUGUUCUGUCCGUGACAAACCCAUCGCUGCGGGAUCGUGGCGCUGACCGUUCUAACCAGGGGCAGGGCUACAGGGGCCGAGAGGGGUCGUUCGACGCCCGGUACCAGCAGGACGACUUGAGGCUUUUCCAGGAACAGCACGCGGAGCAGGCCGAAACCAGAGAGCGGAGAUUGUUGAGGAGGACUAGGAUAAGCGGAGACAACAGAUGAAACCUGCCGGAUGCAGACCGCAUGGAUGCCCUGUCAGUUCUAGGGAUGUGGACUGCUGCAAUUUGGUUUCUAUGGAAACUCUUGCUCGGGCCUAUUUCAGGCAGCUUCUUCAGUACAAGUCAUAGCCCUUGUGUUCACAGGAAAGUACAUUUUAACUUCAGAACAAGUGACUUUUAUUUUAACGUGUUGUCAAAAUGUAGUUUUAAUGGGAUGAAAAAGAGAACAUUUACAUCAGCAGAGAUUGGAAGUAUUCACCGUUGCAUUUUUGAAAUGUGUGACCAAGUCAGUAUUUCAUGAGCCUCUGCUUAUUAAACUGUGAGAAUUGUUCUUACUUAAAGAACAGAGCAAAUAUACAGUGUGCCUGUGCUAGUUUCUUGUAAUAUAAUGGUAAGGGUACCUUUUACCCAGAGGCAUAACAAGCCGUGAAGUAGA